AUGGAAUCACAGUUCCCUGUUGCUACAAGAGAAGAACUUUGGCGGCUACAAGAGGAGAUUAAAGACCUCUUUGUCACACAGGGACAGCAUUCUGAACGAAUAAUGAGACUUGAAAAACGACGAGAUGAGGACACGAGGGUGAAAAAUGUAUGGGGACCGGUUUCACCAUACCCAAGCUCUUUUGGAAAUAGCGCACAGCAAGAAUCUGGCUUCAAUCCUGCAGCUGAGGCAUUCCGGAAUUUCGAUGCAGAUGCGCAGUCUGGCAUGAUCACUAAUCUCAGCCUGGAUCAUGACGAUGAACGACGACGCGGGGCAUCUCGGGCAAACAGUGUACGCUUUGAUGAGAGCGCAAAUAAUCAUUAUGGAUCUACGUCCAGACAGUCAGUCGAUCUCUUACCGCUAAGAACCGGAAGCGGUCUGGGAAGCCACCCACUUUCGGAGAGAUCGUUAUCUCAUCGUUCUGAUGGCAAAGGCAGCAUGUCAGGCAUUUCAAUGCGCGCAAAUAGCUUCGGUUUAGAGCAGAGUCGUCUGCUUGGCUCUAUGACAAGCUCACCCAAAGCAGCUGGUAAUCCACCACCAGCCUUCUAUGUCCUUGGUCCUGUCCCGGCAAUCAUCCGCUGUUGGCUUACUGAAACUUUCUCGAAUGAUUCCCUCCUUUAUGCAGCUGUAUGUACAGGCUCAUACGCAUCUUGCAUCACUACAUCCCUUAUUCGUCGCUAUGGGUUGGACGAUCAGACAAUUGAGGAGAACGGGGUGCGCAAGAUCAAGCUGCCGAUAUAUCUCACAGAAGCCACAAUCCAACAGUCGUCCUCCAGAUCAGCAAGUCCAGCUCCACAAGUGCCGACGCUGGCUGCGAAGUUUGUGGUGGUCGACUCUGCCGUUGAGGAUAGAUGUGUGCAAGUCGUGAUCGGUAGCGAUAUAUUACGUGCUCACAAUGCAGAUAUUCUCUUCUCGCAGGAUAAGCUGAUGAUAUUUGAUGAAGACCGCAACCGACUCGCAAUACCACUUGUCAGACCAGAAAAUGAUGCCACGUAUAAGGGAUUGUUUACGCAGACCAGUCCCCAAGGACUACAAGGCCCUCUACCGAGUUUGACGAAUGGCACACCCGUCGCUGGCAUUAUUGGUCGUCCAAGUCAAGAUUUGCAAGCCGCUUCGUCGUUGGCAUCGUCAAGUGGUGUUACCUCUAGUAGUAUGGAAAGUGACCAGCCGAAAGAGGAUCAAGUUCCAACAACGAGCGAACAGAUCAGUAUUGAAAACAGCGCCCCGAGACCACAAGAAGAUUCCACAUAUACUACAGAAGGCGACAGAUCAUUCACAACUCCCACUCCCACGUCGCGCUCAAAUUCUGGUGUAUGGGGCAAUUCGUGGAGAUCGUCGUCGGUGAGCCAGACCGAUCCAGGCAAAACGGCGUCCGGAUACUCGCGAGCUGGUGCAAGUCGUGGCAUGAAAGUACUAAGACCAGGGAAGUCUAUGGCCAGCUCUUCGAGGGCCGGAUCAAGUGUGGGACCCACCGGGCAAGAGAACAACAACCCAAAUGAUGAGGGCCUGCGCAGCAAGUCUGGCGUGAAGAUGACCGAACCACAAUCUCAGCCAACCAAAUCCAACCCUAUUGGUCAGGCGUCGGCGUUUGGCUGGCUGAAUUCAGGCCAACAUUAA